AUGGCUAGUCAAGUGCGGCUUCACCCAGACACCGCUUUGCUCCAGUCGCACCGCUCUACCUCCAGCUUCUCCGAAAAUUCACUGGCUCUUUUAAAAACAGAAGAAGGAACAGUGGAAACCUUGGAUCUGGUGGACAGUAAAUCACGGCUGGACAGCACCGAUAGAGGACUUCCAGGACUGUACUUGUCCUGCUUUGACAUGCUGUUCACUGAAGAUGCCACCUGGUUGGUAAGGGUGACAGACUCUUCCACAUCAGUCACUAGUGGACCUCGUCCAGAAUCGUGUGCAGAACCAGAACAGUGCCCCGUGAUUGACAGCCCUGGAUUAGGCAGUGCACCACUGUCCCCUGGGCUGGAGGAGCAGGUGGAGGAAAGAUCUUUGGAGCAAGUGCAGAGCCUUGUGGUGGGAGAAGUGCUGAAGGACAUUGAGACAGCGUGCAAACUUCUAAACAUCACACCAGACCCGGUGGAAUGGAGCUGUGGGAAUGUACAGAAAUGGCUGUUAUGGACCGAGCAUUUGUACCGACUGCCUCAGGUGGGCAAAGCAUUUCAAGACCUGGAUGGAAAAGACAUGUGUGCCAUGACUGAGGAGGACUUCCGGCAGCGCUCACCACAGUGUGGGGACACGCUGCAUGCUCAUCUGGAUAUAUGGAAAUCAGCUGCCUGUAUGAAAGAGCGAUGGUCAAUAGGAGAGAGCAGAAUCACUGAGGGACAGGAAUUGUGGUCAGAAGCAGACUCCUCUUGCUCCGGUCAGCCUAUACAUUUGUGGCAGUUUCUUAGAGAGCUCCUGCUCAAGCCACACAGCUACGGACGCUGCAUCCGCUGGCUUAAUAAGGAGAAAGGUAUUUUUAAAAUCGAAGAUUCUGCUCACGUAGCGCGUCUCUGGGGUCUGAGGAAGAACCGACCAGCCAUGAACUAUGACAAGCUUAGCCGCUCCAUCCGGCAGUACUACAAGAAAGGCAUCAUUCGCAAGCCUGACGUGUCUCAGAGACUGGUCUAUCAGUUUGUCCAUCCAGUAUGA